AUGGACGUUGUCGAGUCUGGCGUCUCUCGUGAGUUUGAAGUACUCAGUACAAAGCUUGUUGCCUCUAUAGAAAAGCAGGCAACACUUGAGGAUCAAAUGCAUUGGACAGAUGCAGCACUUGACCGUGCAAAAACGCGGAUUUCAGAGCUUGAAAUGGCACAAAGGGACUGUGUUGAACGGAUGGCAAAUGUUUUGCAGGAAAAACGGGGCGCUGAAGAAGAAACACAGGCUUUAAUGACACGCCUUGUUGAGGAAACACGACUGCGUGGGCAGGCAGAGGCAGAGAAGCAGGCAAUUGAAAAAGAACUGGAAGAUCUGACAAAAACUCUGUUCGAAGAAGCAAAUCAGAUGGUAACAGCAGCUCAACACGAACGAGAUCGGGCAGAACGGCGGAGUAUGCAACUGCAGGCUCAGUUGGAAGAAGCAGAGAAGCUGCAAAAGUCACAACAGAAACAGCUGGAGGAGUUGAAGGGUUUGUUGCACGCAGUUACGGGAUCUGCAGCAGGGGCGCUGAGAACCGGGGAAAAUGGGGAAGAAAAGGGAGGAAAACGGGUACGGCGAGUGUUUAGAAGCGAUAUAGCAGCGUUCCAGGAGUUCCAGGCGUUUUUUAGCACAGUAAAUGUGCAAAAACGGGGAGGAGAGCAAGGAGGAGAAGGACAGAGUGUUCAGACUGCACAGAAUGGGCAAAAUGGAGGAAACGGGGGAGGAGGGGGACUGGGAGGACCAGUACGGGUGAGUUCACCGUCAUUUUUUGGGUUGGGAAGUCCUACAGGAACAAGUUCAUUCAGAGAUUGGAAAUUUAUCAAGCGGUGCAUCUAUGAAGACAUAGAGCCGACUCUGCGGCUAGAUAGUGCACCAGGACUAUCGUGGCUUGCACGACGAACAAUGUUUUCAGCGAUUUUGGAAGGACAACUGGUGAUUGAGCCGGGAAAAGUAGGGAAAGGAGGAAUAAUAUGUUCACUGUGUGGAAACAGCUGUACAGAAGAAGGAAAUCGGCGGGUGCACCGGUUCAGAACCUCAGAGGCACAGAAUACAAUGAAAUUUUAUUAUUUAUGUGGAUAUUGUUUACGGCGAGUGAGGAGUGUAUGUGAUUUUGCAGGAUUUCUGCGGCAGCUGAGAGACGGGGUAUGGCGGGCAGAAGGUGAUGGUGAGGGUAUAAAGGCAUGGGAAGAGACGGUACGGUUACGGGAGGUGAUGUUCUGGUCACGGGUGGGAGCUAUAGAGGGAGUAGAGGUGGCUACAGAGGAAAGGCAGCAGAAGCGUGUAGGGGCUGUCAAGGAGUUGUAUAGAGUCUAUAGAGUAUAUGGAAUGUCUAAGGCGUACAUAUUGUUCAGCAGAGGAACAUCUGUAAGAGUGUCUAGGAAGGACUAUGUGUAUGGUAGAAGAUUGUCAGGGCUCAACGGUAUUGAGGUUGAUUGUACUCAAGGUUUACGUAUAAACAAGGUUACUAAUAAGGUUGUUGAUAUUGUUUUUGGAUAG